CAUACCGAUCACGACCAAAAGACACUAGACAAUGUAAGAAAACUCGAAAUUCUCGAACCCCAGAUCACAUAUAUACGAUCAAAACCCCGAAACAACAUCAUCAUCAUCAUCAUCGCUUAGCCAGCCUUAGAGAGAAACAGAAGAACAUGUAUCGAUUCAGCAACACAGUGAUAGGGUUCCUGAACCUGUUCACUCUGCUAGCUUCGAUCCCCAUAAUAGGAGCAGGAUUAUGGAUGGCUCGGAGCAGUACAACGUGCGCGAACUUCUUACAGACACCACUUCUGGUCAUAGGUUUCGUGGUUCUGGUGAUUUCAUUGGCGGGUUUCAUCGGAGCAUGCUUCCACGUCGCUUGUGCUCUGUGGCUGUACCUGGUGGUGAUGCUGCUUCUGAGGGACGCGAUGGGUCUGACGCUGUUCGGGUUCGCCGUCACCAGCCGCGGCGGCGGCGUGGAGGUUCCGGGAAGGGCGUAUAGGGAGUACCGGCUGGAGGAUUACUCGCCGUGGCUGAGGAAUAGGAUUAAUGAUCCGAGGUAUUGGAACACUAUAAGGAGCUGUAUUUUGGGCUCAAGGACUUGUGCUAAGCUUGCUUCUUGGACCCCCCUUGAUUAUAUACAGAGAGAUAUGACUCCUAUUCAGUCAGGGUGCUGCAAGCCACCAACGGCGUGCAACUACAACGCGGGGAUGAUAAUGGAGGGUCAGGAUCCAGACUGUUACAGGUGGAACAACUCGCCGAGUUUACUGUGUUACGAGUGCGACUCGUGCAAGGCGGGGGUGCUGGAGAGCAUGAGGAGGGACUGGCACAAGGUGUCGGUCCUAAGCGUCGUCGUUUUGGUGCUGCUCAUCGGCAUUUACUGCAUCGGCUGCUGCGCCUUCCAUAACACCCGAAGAGCCCUCACCGAUUACCCCUACGGCGAGAAUCGCAUGUCCAAAGUCAAACCCCGUUGGGAUUAUUACUGGUGGAGAUGGUGGCAUGCUCGCAAAGAACAGCUUUAUUAGCACCAUCCACACACAACCUCUUAUAUAUAUGCCUCUUUCUUCCUUUUUUUUUGUUUUUUUUUUUUUUUUUUCAUUUCUGACUUCUCCAAAAUGCAUAUAUAUAUAUAUAUAUAUAAAUGUGUGUGUGUAUGUUUAUAUGUAUUUGGGAAUGGGUGAAUGGGACACCAUCUCAAGUAAGUUACACUAAUUUUCUAU